CAUAUCGUUUGAUACAGUCAUCAGGUGGAAUGGACAGAUACUGCGAUAGAAUUAUUUUAGUUUUAUGUGCAGUGUGCAGUGUACAGUGCCCGUAUUUCCAACAAGCAGAAUGUGGAAUAUUGUAAUGGUAACACAUAUUGGGGUGUAAAGAUGACGGGAGAUGUACAAUGUCACAAAUAGUAAUAUUUAUUUUCUUUAAUAUCUUUAAAUUAUGAUUUAAGUGUUAUAAGAUUGUUAAACUGUAUUGUGUUUCAAACUGCUAUUUCUGAUAUCAAUUAUAAACUUAAAGCGUCAGUCUAGUAUGAUAAUACAUGAUUAUCAAAAGUUUUAAAAAUUUAAAUUAGAUUUUACUUGUUGAGCCAAUAAAAUAAUGACUCAUUUAAUACUUUGAAUUCAAAUAUAAAUCACAACAAUGUCGAAUUUAUAUGAAAAGUUGCCUUGCAAAGAAGGAUCAAGACCAUACAAGUGUGUGGAAUUUGGAACUAAAGUGUCAUUAAAAUUAAAUAAUUUGAGAAAAGACGGAAGAUUUUGUGAUAUUGAUUUGAUAUCUGGAACAACUAAAGUAAAAGCACAUCGGGUCGUUUUAGCUGCAAGUUGUGAAUACUUUGAUGCCAUGUUCAGUGUGGGCUUGGAGGAGAGUCAUAAAGGUCAUGUUAUAUUACCUAAUGUUCCCCCUGGUAUACUACCAAUGAUUGUUGACUUUAUAUACACAGGUGAAAUAAUUAUAGACAAAGCAACAGUCCAACAUCUUCUGGUUGUUGCGGACAUGCUGCAGCUCAGGGAGCUGGUGACUGGAUGUGGUGAAUAUUUAAAAAGGGAAUUACAUGCAUCAAAUGCAUUGGGUAUUUAUAGGUUUGCAGAAUCCCACAACUGUAUGAGCUUAGCAGAAGAAGCGUUAGCUCACGCUCAAGUACAUUGGAAUAUAGUGACCAAGGGUGAAGAAUUCUUAGAACUGCCCCUGCAACAACUUGUUACUUUACUGUCAUCGGAAGAACUGAAAGUUGAUAAUGAGGCUCAGGUCCUAUAUCCAGCAUUAGAAUGGCUAGAACACGACCCGGCGAGCCGCAGGCGCCAUUGUUUCGAAGUUUUAAGCAAUGUCCGUCUGCCGCUGAUCUUGCCACAAAUUUUGGACGAUGCCCUAAAAACCGUACGAGAUCCAUCUAUAGCGGUCGCCUUGAAAACAGUACGAGUCGAUAUGAAAAGUGGUCGGGGUGCGCUGGUGUCGCUGGCGGCGGAGCCCCGCGCGCGCUCGCGGCGCGUGCUGCUGGUGGCGGGCGGCUCCUGCCACGACAACAACGUCAUGCCCAGCUUCGUCACAGAUAACAUACUCUCCACAGUACUCAAGUUUGAUCUAUACAAGAGAGAGUGGGAGGAAUUAGCGCCAAUGGAUAUCGCGCGCAUCCAACCCGGAAUGGCGACGAUGGGCGGGCGCGUGUACGCGUACAACGCGUACACAAUAACAUGA